AUGGGCCCCACCCUUAGAGCAGGCGGUCAGACCGGGCAGAAAGAGAGAGUCUUGGUGAGUCUGGAAAGACAAGGAUUCUGUGUCAGUCUGAGGAUCUGGGCACCUGUGGGUGAAUAUGACAAGCCCUCUUUGUCAGCCUGGCCAAGCCCCGUGGUUCCCUUAGGACAGACUGUGACUCUUCAGUGUCACUCCCGUUCUCCUUUUGCAAUAUUCAGACUGUUCAAAAGAGAUGGGACCAGUUUGCCCAAGCUCCAGGGACAUCAUGUCAACACCUUCACCCUUGGCCCGGUGACCAGAGAACAUGCCGGGUCCUACACGUGUACUGGAACCUACAUGUCUCUCUCUGUGUGGUCCACACACAGUGACCCCCUGCAGAUUGUGGUCACAGUUGUGUUCACAAAACCCUACAUCUCAGCCCACCCAGGCCCCCUCGUGCAGGCGGGAGAGAAUGUGACCCUCCACUGUCACUCACCGCUGCUGCUGGACAAAUUUAUGCUGCACAAAAAAGGCAGCAACGGGCAUUUCCAGAGACAUGGAGAGACGUUCACGGGUGGGCGUGCCCCAGCUGACUUCUCCAUUGGCCCCAUGACUUUGGCGAGUGUGGGCACCUACAGAUGCUACAGCUCUCUCAGCCGCUCCCCCUAUGAGUGGUCAGCCCCCAGUGACCCUGUCGACAUCGUCAUCACAGAUCUUGACAUCAUGGAAGGAGAGCCCAAGGAAGACCAAGCAGUGAGCAAUGAACUGAGUCCUCCCAGCCCAAACCCUUGCCAUAGCAUCGGCCUGUCGAAUGCCCAAUGUCCCAGUCUUCGAAAAUCACAUCUCAAUCCAUCAUUCACACCUCCUUCCUCUCAGGACUCUCCAGAAGAUGAUGUGAUAUACGCUCACUUGGACCUCAGGACCCUCUCUGAGAGACUGAAUACUCACACUUCCCUGAGCCCAUUGCACCCCUUCCCCGAGCCCAGUAUCUAUGAAGAAUUCAAUGUAAAGAAAGACCGUGCUGAGCCCUGACCUGGCCCCAGGCUGUGAGCACAUAGAUUGCUACAAAUCAAAGACUUAGAUCUCUUUUUAAAGAGGUUCCUCUGUGGACACUCCUCCUUCUCCUCCAAAGCAGCCCAGCAGCUCUGAGGUGAACAGUGGAGUCCAAGAUUGCAGGAUCAUCUUCAAAAAUCACACAACCUCUAAGUAAUCUCCUGUCUCUUCUAGGACUCCAUUUUAUCUAUCUCACUGUUUGGGGAGAUGGUAUAAUCAAUCACACAAACUGCGCAGGUUAAUAUGAUCAUCUUACUUUUUCUAAAAUUCCAAUAAAGCAUAAAAAAUUUC